AUGCAGCUCCUCCAGAAACCAACCUUCACGCUCCUCCUUCUCAACCUCUCGUUCACAAGGGCAGCGCCAAUGGAAACAUUAGCUAUAAAUUCUGCACCUUCCGACGCACAAGCAAAGCUUCUUAGCAUGGCGUACUCGGGCUCUGGUUGUCCUCAAGGAAGCGCCUCUAAAGAAUAUGAUGCCCAGAUCAACUCGGGCAGAUGGUUCUUUGACGGCAUCUCAGCUCAGAUCGGUCCCAACGUUCCAAUAAGCAAGUCAACCCAAAAUUGCGAGGUGCAACUCUCCAUACAAACGGCAGCGGGUUGGCGGUUUGCCGUGAGAGGGAAAAAUGCAGGAUCAACAUCGAUGACUACGCGAGUAAACCUACAGGACGGAGUUGCAGCUUCAUCUAUUACCACCUACAACAUUGCAGGUGUCGGUUCUCAGGGAACUGUUCGCAAUGAUUUCUCGGGGCCGAGGAAUGGCGAGUGUUCCUUUUCAGAUCCUGCACCAGGCCCAGCAUAUCCUCAUUCGAAUUGCGGAGGAGGAAUUUUGAUUGUUGAUCAUCGCGUGAGCCUGUCCAGAGGAUCGAGCUCGUCGCCCGUCGGUUCUAUCGAGUUAUAUGGCGAUGGAGGGUCUGGGCCACAGAACGAUAACUUUGUUCCACUGGGUGCUCUGGAGUGGGAAAGAUGUUGA